GCAUUGUAUCUUACGUUGAAUGUAACAUUUUAGUCCGUAUCGUUUAAUUUUUAAUCCACUAGUAGAUUAACCGAAAUAACAACACCGGACUGUUGCCGAAAUGCCUAAUGAAGGAGACAAAGCGGCUGAUGAUUCCCCCACUGACCUUCCCUGUCUGGAAAAGCUUGACUCUCCUACAGGGAGCCCACCCACUGCCUCAUUAUCCAGUCUGAUGGAGCUGGAAAAUUGUGUUUCCAACUUGAGCCUCGCACAUGAGAUAGUGGUGAACACAGACUUCUGCUUCAAACCGAAGAGUCCUCCUACAGACAGCCUGGAAGGCAGAGUGACGGAGAUUGUUCACCGGGCAUUUUGGGACAGUCUUCAGGAGCAGCUGAACAGCGAUCCUCCAAACUACGAUCAUGCUGUCAUUCUGCUGCAGGAGGUCAAGACUAUGCUUCAGUCCCUGCUGCUGCCCGGUCACGUCAGACUGAGAUCUCAGCUGGAUGAGGUCCUGGACAUGGAGCUGAUCCGGCAGGAGGUCGAUCAUGGAGCUCUGGACCUUCACAGGCUGGCAGGGUACAUCAUCAACACCAUGGCGUCUCUGUGUGCACCGGUGCGUGACCCAGAGGUCAGAGCACUGAGAGAUCUCAAGGACCCUGUGAAGCUCCUGAGGGAGAUCUUCCGUGUCUUGGGGCUGAUGAAGACCGACAUGGUAAACUUCACCAUCCAGAGUUUGAGGCCUCACCUCCUGCAGCAGGCCGUGCAGUACGAGAGGGCCAAAUUCCAGCAGAUUCUGGACAAGCAGCCGGCUUCUCUGGAUAAUACCACCGCUUGGCUUCAGACAGCAGCGUUAGAAGAGGCGUCGGCCAUCAGAGCUCGGUCUGAUUCUCCCGGUCCUGACAGCCGAGGUCCCGUCAGCGCCACCGCUGUCCUCAACCGGGCCUACAUGCGUCUGCUACACUGGGAACCGCAGGACCAGAAAUAUCCCGAGACUGUGCUGAUGGACCGAGCCCGCCUGGACGCCCUGGGCCAGCGGCUCCAGGUGCUGGUGCUGGAGGCAUCCGUGCUGCUCCUGAUCAACGCUCAGUGUGGGGGCGCCGUUUUCUCCCUGCAGGGGUUUGUAGGUAAACUCAGGCAGUCCGUCACUGCCCUGCUGGAGGGCAGUCACACCAGGGAAGCUGACCUGAGGGAGGCGCUGCUGGGGCUCGGGGAGACGGUACUGCAGCAGGUGAACGAAGCUCUGAGUGACCAGGGAGGAGCAGCGCUGCCUGAGGAGAGCCGGGACCUGCUGAAGGGACAAAUAUGUGACCUGUGGAAACAAAACAAUCCCGUCCGCACACUCAUAGGAGAAAGGGUACAGGGCUUCCUCCAGGCCAUGCUGCAGGGCGGCCCCGCUAAAAGGAGUCCAGAGCUCCCCGUUCCCCUCAGGCUGGUGAUUGCUGAGCUUGCCGAGCUGGGGACGGCCUUUGGGCGAAUCGUCCACUUCAACCGAACGGUCUUUGGUCCUUUCUAUGCUCCCAUCCUCAGGAAACUGCUGUUCCCACCAGGAGAGGCAGAGGCCGGGGAGGACUCACGCUAGACUGAAGGCGACCCCGAUGACCUCCGGUGACCUUAACAUAAGCUGCCAUGUGGCACUGAACAUGUAGCUUUAGUGUAAAUACAGUGAGGGAGAAUGUUAAAGGGAAACCCAGUAGUGAGAUGUCAAAAUAUAAAACACUUAGCUGCCAAAAAAGGCAUCUAAAUUAGAGCCGAGAGCAUCUUUCUGUUAGCGGAUUGAUAUUUCUGUCUCUUUUGCUUUACAAGAGACAUUUAUAGCCUCUCGAAAAGGAAAUAAGUUUUUAAUAUUAUUAUAUGAAUUGUGAAGGUUAUGAAUUAUUAAUAGAGUGCAUUUUAACAGCACAAAACAUUAAGAAACAGUUUGUGUGAAAGGAAAGACAGGCGUAACAAAUAGCUUGUUGUGUGUUAAUGGGAAAAUUCUGCAACAGGCAGAUUUAGUCAAAACUAAUUGCGAGUCUGAAAUGAUUUGUUGCCUGGAAAACAUCUUUGUUUGGGUUUCGCACCGUUCACUCUCAAGAUAAACACCCUCAGGAAAAACAAAGUACCAAAGAAAAUAUGCAAAUAGUUUGUAAAUAACACUGAAGUUGUAAUAUGUAGCUUGUUUCUUAUCUUUAUGUUAACAGAUGUUUAUGUAUAAUUUGCCAAAGACAGUAUGCACUUUUUCCGAUCUCAGUUGAUGGUUGUUUUUGUUUAUUUUUUCUUCUUUUAAAUCCUUUGAUCACAAACCAAAAAUAUACUGAAUGUUUCCCCCACAGUAGGUGGUAUUAGUGAGGGGUGGGAGUUUAAACAGAUGCUUAUUUGUAAAUAAAUUCCAAAUUGAUAAAUUUUCAAUUUUUCAGGCAGCCAUUCAAACAUUGCACAUUAAGGUGUCACCGCUCACCUCGUUAAAUGAUGAGCAAUGCUCUGGGAAAACCACCACUGGAAGCACUUAGAAUGGGCAAAGCUAAACAAGCAAUAAUUUUUUUUAUUACAAUAACUAAUCAGGCACAGACAACUGUUGUUUGGUGUAUUACUUAAACUAAGUAACAAUCUGUAAUCCAUUUGCUGUGCGGGAGAUUGAUAUGAACAGUCUGCACUGCAUCACAACACAGGAACUCUGACAGUUCUGCAGAUGGGACGUUCACUGUGAUGCAUUAUUUAACAUAAGGAAAUUCAAAGGUCAAGAGUUAACGCUCCUCAAGCAAGUUUUCAGUCAGCUAGCAAAUUUUCAUAUUGUACAGAAAUAAAUACACACCAGUGGAUACCUGGAAUAGCAGCCAAAAUACAAAACACUUUCUAAAAUGUUGUGUAAUUUGGAGAAUGGUUAGCACAAGGGACUUGUAUUAAUUUGUAUCAAUUAAAUGAUAUCAUCCUCAACUUUCACAGAGCUAAGAAUUUUCUCAAAGAUGAAUGACUGCCGAUCUUUUGAAAGGUCUUUCAACACUUCCUGCUGUUUUGAAGACAUUUCCAGGAUCUUCAAAGACUCUUCUAACCCAAAUGAAUAAAAAAAAAUAAAAAGCCUACUGCACCAUUUAAAAAAAAAAAUAAUAAAAAUUUUAACCCGUUUCCCCAUAUCGCUCAACUCAAUUAGUAAUUCAGGUAUCAUAUCUCUACAGAUAUACCACCUGCAGAAUUGUGUGUAAAAACAUAAUACAAUUGACAGAAACUGAUAUAUAACGAUGUGACUUUUUUACACAUCGUACAAAUCAAGCAAGGACAUGUCCUGCUACUGUUUUUCUUUGGUUUAGGAGAGCCAUAAUUUGGGGAAAUGGGUUGAAAAUCUAUAUUUAAUCAUGCAACAAUGUUUUUUGGGUUUUUUUUGUCCAGAUGGUUAGAAGAGAUUGUGAAGAUACUGGCAAUACCAUCAACAGUGUGAUAAAGAUCGCCAGGCACCCGACUUCAGAAAAUUCGAUGCUUAGCUCUUGUGACUUGAAUGUAACAUAAUACAUGAGGCACAAACCUGGACUGAUUGUUUAAAAAGUUUUACCACCCACUAAUCUCUAUUGUAGGGGAAACACUGAUAAUGUAAUUUUACAAUAAUUAUCAUGUUGUUAUAAUUGUCACUUUAAAUUUUAAAACAGCUGGUGUAAUGUUUGUUUAUCUUUUAUUA